AUGGGGCCGUACUGGGGAAACUUGCCAGACGCAAGAGACGUCCAAAAAGCAAGAGAUGCAAAAGCAGCAGAAGCAGCAGAAGCAGCCGCUGGUCAGGCAAGGAAUGGCCCGUCUGCCGCUCCUUCAGGCCUGACAGCUCCCGACGGUCAGACCCAACCACAGGGCCACGCUCGUCUCCCGUCAUUGGACACGAUGGCCCAGCUGCAGCCCAAGCCGAACCGCGCGUCCAUCCAGACAGCACACACUACAAAUACCGAUGCGCCGACCGAGUCCACAAUGAGCCCGUUCGUGUCGCCCACCAGCCCCCAAUUUCCCGACCAAGGCCUCGCUCCGCGCCCUCCUUCAUUUCCCUACAACGGCGCUGCUGCUGCCGCCGCCGCCGCCAGCCUCAACCGCCCGAGCCAGCGACACCAGCGACAGCUGUCGCAAGACAGCGCCGAUCGUAGCUUUGACCGGAACAACAGACGCCGCGACAGUCGCGACCAGAGCGAGGACGUCGGCUACGACGACACGUUCCGUGGCAGCCAGGAGCCGCUUGACGACCUCGACAAGGGUGUCGAUCCUCCUCCAGCGGCACCCGACGUCCCGCGUGGCCCGCCCCUGAGCUACCGACCGCCUGGCUACGCCGUCGCCAGUUCUGCCUACCCGCCAGUGUCCUCCAGCUCGCCCCAUACGCCCCGAAGCAUGCAGCGGCCCGAGGUGUCGCUCUCCGUCGACGCAAUGGCCGUCGAUGGUCCCGGCCAAUACUACGUGUCUGCGCCAGUCGCGGCACCUGCACCACGCACCGCUGGCGACGGCCGCUCCCGCAAUCCCGUCGAUCCCAACGCCAGCCCAGGAACGCGCCGGCGCCCGUCGGUUAGCGGUGGCGCCAGGCCGCAACCAGCCUCAGCAACAACACCACGGCGGUCGCAGUCAGGCACCGAGACUGGCCUUGGUCUCGGCUCUGCAGCACCACAAGAUGCCAGCGGAACUGCGCCGCCACGGCGUCGCGUGUCCACCGGCGGCAGCCCGGCCGACCGCACCCAGAAAAAGUUCGACGAAGUCCGCUCGCCCCUCCAAAAGCUUGAGCUAACGCUCGACAGCAUUACAAAAGAAGAAAAACGCGCACGCGUUGCUGCUGCUGAACAAGCGGCUCGAGAGAAGGAGCGCCGUCGUACAGAGGCAGGGUCUCAACAACAGCGGCAGCAAUCCAGUCAACAAUACGCCCAGCAGGCGAGAUCGCAAGCGCGACCGCAUCAACCCGCGCGUCAACAACAGCCACAGCCGCAGCCCCUACCACAGCAGCAACAGCCGCAGCAUCAACCACAGCAACAGCAGGUCCGCUUCCGGGACCGUGCACCGCCGGCCAUUGAUGGAGAACCUCGACCUCUUCUGCAGCCCGAGAUGAGCCCCGUUGAGGAGAGUUACCUGCCAAUUGCUGCCGCCGCCGCCGCCUCUGCGCAGAGAGGCAACCCGCCUCAGUAUGACACCGAUGGCACACCUCCGCCGCCGCCUCCCGACUCGGAGAAGCCUCGCAAUCUUCCACAGCAGACACGCAUUGUUCCGUCCGGGUCGGGUAUCCCCCAGCGCAAUCUCAGUUUCCGCGAACGAGCCGCGCAUGGCAAUGUCAGACUGCCCCAGGCUGAUGAGCAGUCGCCUACCCUUCCCACGCAAGCCGUGGCUCCAAACAAUGCAGUUCCCCACAGACAAAACAGCGCACGCUCCGGGAAGCUGCAGAAGGAACCGCCCAGCGACUUGCGGUAUACCCAGCCACAGAAUGCAUACCCGGCAGCCCAGCCGCACAGCGCGCAACCCCCGGCAGGUGGAGUUCCUGCUGAAGCCAUCCCGAGAACCAUGCCCACCGACCUUGAUGCGGCCCUUUUACGAGGUCGUUCUCAACAAGAGCCACCGCCGGCUCCGCAGGCCUCGACAUACCAGUUUCCCCCGCAACAGCCAGCAAAAUUAGUGAAAUCACCAAGCCAGCGGAAAGCACCUGCAAAUAGCUCCUAUCCGAACCGCGCUGUCCUGCAAGCAGCGAACGGAACCUUUGAUGGUUCGUACAACAGUCCUGUCGACAACAGCGUCAACAAUAAUGCUGCAGAGGACGCAGUCGCCGCUAGUGUCACGGGUGUUGCGGGUGCAUCAGGCGCUGCGUCUGCCGCUGCUGCUGAAUCCUCAGCCGACGCACCAUUGAAGAGGACGGCUCGAUUCGGCCAGGACGUGAUUGACAACGAGCCAGAGCCAAGUCUACCUACUCGUGGCGACAGGCACUUUGACGACCCCCACCACCACCGCUUUUCCAACAUGGUCUACCGCGCACGUAACAACCUGCAACCGGGCCAGGGCAAAUACAACCCGCCCAACUACCUAGACGAGUGGAAACAAGGGACCGUCGGUACCCUCGCAGCCGGUCUCCUGGACUUGUCCGACAAGACCUCGCCGUCUGCUGACCGAGACAAGGCUUGGUGGGAGAAGAGCAAGCGCCGCGGCAGCGCCUCCACUGCACCGCCCCGUCCUAGGAAAGGCGAGGCAUUUGACGGGGAGUAUGACGAGGCCAACGGCCCAUCACGCUUCAAGCCGCCUCUACACCUUGUCUGUGGACCAUUGCUACGAUACUGUGGUAUGCGCAAAGAGCGCUCUCCCUCGCGGGGCGCCCGCAAUGGAAGUCGCAACCAGAUAGCCGAGCGCGAGUUCUGGCGCGGCAGCGUCAUGAUCGUCACUCGCGACACCGACUCGUCGUACGAAAUCGCCCCGACACUCCGCUUGUUUUCGCAGCCCCUUGAUGUGCUGCCGCCGCCACCGAGCGAGGUCGAAGGUACUCUGUCGCCCGAGUACGUGGAUCCCCUCGUUGGGCAUCCCAAACUCGGCCGCAACGGCGAGACUCUUUAUGUGCGUCCUGUCGAGCACCUUGAGCAAGCCAAGGAUCUGUCCCGCGAUGAGUCCGACGAGGGCUUGUUUGAGAAGACAAAGAGCCCUGUGGACGGCGUAGGCCCUGCAGGCCAGGCCGUGGACUUGCCUGGCUCGUUUGCGGAUCGCCUGAAAAAGACCGACCUGGACGGAGAAAAGGCGGGCAAAUUCAAGGACGUUCGUGGUUUCCGGCUGCACUUCGAGCGCGGCGUGACUUUCUGGCGAUUCAACAUUGAGGUCGAACUGCUGGACAAGCAGCAGCGGAUCGCGUACCGCAUAAAUCGUGGCCCGGCCACCGGCUUCUGGGUGCCGGCCAAGGGCCAGUCGAUGCACAUUAUGUUCUACUCGUGCAACGGCUUCAGCCUCAGUGUCAAGCCGGACGAAUUUAGCGGCCCGGAUCCGAUGUGGCGCGACGUCCUCAACAACCACCAGACGCAGCCCUUCCAUGUGAUGAUUGGCGGUGGCGAUCAGCUCUACAACGACGCCAUCAUGAACCAAACGACAAUCUUCCAGGAGUGGCUCACCAUCCGCAACCCCCUCACAAAGGGCAACAUGCCAUUUACCCCUGAAAUGCAGGACGAGAUGGAGGAGUUCUACCUCAACCGCUAUGCCAUGUGGUUCUCACAGGGCCUCUUCUCCUUGGCCAACUCGCAAAUUCCCAUGGUCAACAUGUACGAUGACCAUGACAUUAUUGAUGGAUUUGGCUCCUACCCGCAACACUUUAUGCAGUCUCCCGUCUUCGCUGGAUUGGGCAACGUCGCUUUCAAGUACUAUAUGCUGUUCCAACACCAGAGCGUGAUUGGGGAGACGGAGGAGUCGGAGCCGAGCUGGAUUCUGGGCCAGACCCCUGGCCCCUACAUCAACGAGGUCAGCCGCAGUACUUUUAUGCAUCUUGGCGCGAAGGUGGCACUCCUGGCCGUCGACUGCCGCACGGAGCGGACGCGAGAGGAGGUUCUUCGUGAAGACACGUGGAAGCGCAUCGUCGACCGGUGUUACAAGGAGAUCGAAAAGGGCCAGACCGAGCAUCUUCUCGUCCAGCUCGGCAUUCCAAUUGCCUAUCCACGCCUUGUCUGGCUGGAGAACAUCCUGACGUCUCGGCUUAUGGAGCCCGUCAAGCUGCUUGGCAAGACGGGCAUCCUCGGCAACUUCCUCAACCAUUUUGACGGCGGCGUGGAGAUCCUCGACGACCUUGACGACCACUGGACGGCCAAGAACCACAAGGACGAGCGGAAGGUUGUCAUUGAAGACCUGCAAGACCUGGCGGCUGACCGCUCGGUGCGCAUAACCAUUCUCAGUGGCGACGUCCAUUUGGCAGCCAUUGGACAGUUCUACUCGAAUUCCAAGCAGGGCCUGGCGAAGCACAAGGAUUUCCGGUACAUGCCCAACGUUAUCUCGUCCGCAAUUGCCAACACGCCGCCACCAGACAUCAUGGCCGACAUCCUCAACAAGCGCAACAAGGUCCACCACUUUGACAAGGAGACGGACGAGGACAUGAUCCCGCUCUUUGGUCACGGCGUGGACGGCAAGCCAAGAAAUAACAAGACCCUGCUGCCCCACCGCAACUGGUGUUCGAUCCAGCCCUAUGCACCAGGAGAUAAUCCAGAUCCAGCGUUCCAGCACUCAGGCCUCAACGUUGCAGCGGACGACAUGUCGACAAGCAGCCGCGGAAACUUCUUCAUGCGGACCGUCUCGUUCCGUCGCAACCCCUACAAUGGCAACAGCGGCAACAACGGCGAUCUGUCACGGCCCCCUAUAUCCGGUGGAGGUGGGAGCCUUCUCCGGCGGUUCAGCCGCGGCAGGCAGUCCGUGGACUCUGUGCAGCGUCCCGUUGUGCCUAACAACGGUGUGCGCCGAUCGUUCUCCCUGGCACGCGCGAAUCCUUCCAACUUGUUCCGCCGUCUCAGCAGCCGUCGUCAGAGAAGACCAGAUGAUGGCGGCAUCAACGGCAGCUGGGGCCCAGACAGUGAGGAGGCGCUGCCGCAACAACAAUACGAACAGGCGGCGAACCAACAGGCCUAUCAGCAGGAACGGUACCCACCACCACAGCAGCAGCAGCAGCAGCAGCAGUCGGGUGCGCCACCUAUUCCGGGCAAGAUCCCUGUCAACUACGCAAACGGGCAAGGCCACAACCACGGCCAGGGCCAUGGCCGCGGAUACGACCAGUCUCGUCGUCGGGGUGUACACCCCGGCCAGUACCCAGAUGACCAGAGUACGAUUAGCAGUGAGGAAGAUGUGCCCGGUGCGCCGGCGUCGGGUGGUCAAUCGCAGCAGGCUCGCAUCCGCGGCGGUGCGGGCUCACCGUCUGACCUGGCCAGCCAAGCCUACGACGAGUACGAAAACGGCGACGAGGGCUACUUUUCAGUCAAGAGGCGCCCAGCCGGUCCCGGGCGCAGCCAGACGGCUCCCGAUAUGGGUGCUACAGGUUUUGCACCUCAUCAGCAGCAGCAGCGGGCCCCGCAAGCCUCGGGCGGCACACUGCCGACGAUGUCGGAUGCCGCCGACGGCAGCAUGGGCGGCAGCAUGGGACCACCGACGCGACCGUUCUACCGCACACCGACGGGCCUAACGGCCCGGCAGAUGAAGAAAGCCGAGAAGUACGAGGUCAACCUCGAGGGCGGCCUGGACAUCCGGCUCAACGUCGAGGUCAACCCCAAGGACCCGUCGGGCAUCACAGUGCCGUACCGACUGGUUGUGCCCAGGCUGUGGUAUACGUACGAGAGCGACCCUGUGGCCGGGGCGAUGGGUGGUGGGAAAGUGGCUACGGCGCCAACGGGAAUCAAGCGGCUUCUCAGCAUCGGCCGUCGGAAACCGUCUCUGUCCUUGCCCCCGCCACAGCCCAUGCAGCAGGUCGAGCCAUUGCAGCCAGUGCAACCUAUACAGCCCAUACAACAGGCACCACAGAUGCAGCAAAUGCAGCAAGUUCCGCCAGAGACAUAUGGUGGUGCCGAAAACCAGUAUGCCCGCUAA